AACGUGGUGCCUUAGCAGCGCAUGCGCACUGAUUGUCGGCGCCUGUAACUCAGUGAGUUGUGUUGCCGUCUUUGCUGCUGUAGGACGUCUAGAGGAGCUGGUUCGCGGAGAUGUUUUGGGCAUCAGCAGGUCAGAGGGGGCCUGUGGGGCUCCUCCUGCGGUGCUGGUCCCUGACGUCCGGCCACACCGCUGUCACUCUACCCCGGUGCCCCCUGCUCACUUCACGGUACUUCUCUAGCUCUGGUCCGGCAAAGGCACCGACACGCGAAGGUGUGGAGGCGUCGCCCCUGCGUCAGUGGGCUCUGACCGUCAGCCCCUUCACCACGGUGAGGGCCCGGUUGGGCUGCAGCAUCUCCAUCCGCCCGCUGGACGUGCACGCCUACCCGGAGGCGGACCGAGCCCUGAUCUCGGUCCACGGCACAGAGAGCGACCCGAAGGACUCUUUGGAGCACCUGCACGUCCACUAUGACGAACUGAGCCAGGAGCUGCGCAUUUCUGCCGAGAAGGUGGACAGCAACGUCACGAUAGAGAUGGACGCGCCGAUCAAAAGUAACCUCUUCAUCACCGCUGAAGGAGAAGGCAACGUGCAGGUGAAGAAGAUGGAGUGUGAUAUCUGCAAAGUGCAAACAGAAAAGGGCAGCUGUCUACUUCACUCUGUUAAAGGACAUCAAGUGGAGGUGAAGACGCACGGCGGACACGUCACAGGUGUGGGCACCAUCCACGGUAAUGUGGACAUCAGCGCAAAGGGGGACAGUGUGGUCAGUGUCAAGAAGCUUCAGGGCACAAAGAUGAACGUUUCCACAGAGCACGGAGCUCUGAAGGUGAAAGCCAUCUAUGCAGAGUCCAGCUGUGUGUUCUCCUGCUCUGGAAGCGUAGAACUCGGUCAUGUGCAUGGCAACACCACAGUGAAGACCGAAUGUGGAGAUACAGUUGUUGGUGGUUCAAAUAGUUUCCUGAAGGUUUCCUCCACCAGCGGAAGCAUUGAUGUCUACGUGGGAGACAGCGGCACAGCUGAACUCCACAGUCAGGACGGAGCGGUGAGCGUGCGCGUCCCGUCUUCAUUAAGAGCUGCCGUAAGUCUCUGUGGCGCGUCGGUGGACGUCGGCCCAGAGGUUCCUCUGCAGGAGGAAAGAAGGAACACCUCAGACGGCCUGAUCACGCUGACGGGAUAUAUGAAUGGAGAACCUCCAGUUGAGCAGUGGGUCAACGCUCGUGCAGACAGAGGCUCCGUCACACUGCGGACACAAAGUUGGUUUGAGUCCCUGAAGCUCGGGAGCUAAGUGAACGGAUGCACCGCGAUGUUCUCAGGGCCCUACUGUUACCUCAAGAUAUGAUGUUAUUACAGCUGAAUGUUAUUCACUUGUGUCUUCACAAUGUACUGUAAAUAAUUCAGAAAUAUACAUUUUAAUUUAAAGUG